AUGCCUUCUUCCACUAUGAAACAAUGGAUUGUUGAAGAUGACAAACAUGACUUCGACGGUCUUGUUUGCAAGGAUGUUCCUGUUCCCAAACCCGGUGAAAAUGAAGUCUUGGUGAAGCUCCAAGCUGCGUCGCUGAACUAUCGCGACCUAACCAUUCCAAAGGGCCUCUAUCCAUUUCCUCUCAAUUUGCCUGUAGUGCCGGGAUCUGAUGGCGCCGGCGAAGUUAUCGAAGUGGGAUCCAAAGUCGUUGAAUUCAAAAAGGGCGACCGAGUUGCGACUCUCUUCAAUCAGGGCCACCAAUACGGCGACAUUGACAUACACGCAGCGAAUACUGGACUAGGUGGUGUGAUCGACGGUACCCUGCGUGAAUAUGGCGUAUUCAAUGAACUGGGUCUUGUCAAGGCGCCAAAAAAUCUCGAUGUCCGCGAAGCUAGCACCCUCCCGUGCGCAGCGCUCACCAGCUGGAAUGCACUAUAUGGCCUGAAGCCUCUGAGGCCGGGCCAGACCGUUCUGGUUCAAGGAACUGGUGGUGUCAGUAUGUUUAGCUUGCAGUUCGCCAAAGUUGCUGGUGCGACAGUCAUCGCGACAACCUCUUCUCCCCAGAAGGCCGAGAGGCUCAAGAAGCUUGGGGCUGAUCAUGUCAUCAAUUAUAAGACUGAGCCUAACUGGGGCGAUGCUGCUCGCAAGCUGACCCCCGACGGAGCUGGCGUGGACCAGAUUGUCGAAGUGGGUGGCAGCGGAACGCUUCAUGAGAGCUUCAAGUGUAUUAAGUACGACGGUGUCAUUAGUGUCAUUGGGUUCCUUUCAGGCGUAGACCCGAAGAAGCAGCCGGUUGUUUUGGAGGCCUUGACUCACAUCUGCACUGUGCGUGGUGUUUAUGUUGGUAGCAAAGCUCUCAUGAGGGAUAUGGUCCGAGCCAUCGAGGCUAAUGAUAUCCACCCUUUGAUGGAUGACAAGGUGUUCACCCUUGACCAGACACGGGAAGCCUAUGAUCAUAUGUGGACCCAGAAGCACUUUGGAAAGUUGACUAUCAAGAUCAACUAA